AUGACAACGCAUAAAGAACGAGUAGACAAAAGAAUACUCAGCUUGUUGGAGAAUAGUGUAAAAAUGAAGCACAGAUCCAUUAUUGGCGUGAGCGGUAAGGUGAAGGACGUAGUGCACCACAUACACUCUCUUCUCUCCAGAUAUACCGUGCGGCCUACUGUUCUGUGGGUGUACGAAAAAGAGCUUGAAGCAAAGACGCACAAAAUAGGCCAAGCCAAAAAACGGAAGAAUGCAGGGGAGGCGGCUCUCUCUAACUUUGAGUCUUUUGUUGUAAACACAGAGAUAAACUAUGUAUUCCACAGUGAAGCAGAGAAAGUGCUUGGAACUAGCACUGAUUUUUGUGUUCUGCAAGACUUCUCCAAAAUAAAGGCAAAUGCCUUAGCAAGUGUUGUGGAAAGUGUCAGAGGUGGGGGUCUUAUCCUUCUGCCCAUUGAAGAAACAGACAGCAUAUACACAAAAAGGCUAUACCAUCUUCUGCAGUCCGCAGACAACUAUGCCAUCCUGGAUACGCAGCUAAAUGUAAUACACGAGGCAAGCACCACCCAGGGAGUGUGCUCUGCAGAGAAUGAUGCAAACGUAGUGAACCAAAUGGAAGGAAGAAUCCAGCAAGUUAAAGAAGCAGCAAAUAUUCUUAAUCCACUUAGCGUGAUGAGUGCGAACAGCACAGCCCGCCUCAUGAAGCAGUGCAAAACACAGGACCAGGCAGAGGCAGUUUUAUCUCUCUCUGAGGCAAUAGAUAAAAGGUCCUUAGUGGCCAUUACAGCAGACAGAGGGCGUGGUAAGUCUGCAGCUCUUGGUCUUUCCGUUGCACACGCGGUUGUGAAGGGAAUGAAUGAUAUCCUUAUUUCUGCACCGCAUCUUUCAAACGUCCAAACUCUUUUUGAGUUUAUUGUGGUAGGCCUUACAGAGAAUGGGUACAGAGAACAAUUUGACUUUUUUGUGGAGUACUCAAAGGCAUACAAGAAAUCCAUUGAGAAAAUAUCCAUCUCAAAGACGCACUACCAGACGAUUCGGUUUAUCACCCCACAGAUACUCUCGCACGCGCCUUCCAUGCUUGUUGUGGAUGAAGCAGCUGCGAUUCCCCUGCCAAUUCUUCGGGGGAUGCUUGGUGUGUACCCUGUCAUGAUAUCCUCGACAACGGCUGGAUAUGAAGGAACAGGACAGGCUCUUUCCUUGAAGCUAUUUAAGACCCUGCGCCCAGAGAUCAUCCAUCUUGAAGAGCCGAUACGUUACAGCAAGAAGGACCCAGUUGAGGCGUGGCUGAACAAUGCGCUUUCUCUUUCCCCAGAGAUCCCAAAGAUGAUCACUUUCCCACCACAAAACAAAUGCCAGAUGUACAGCGUAAACAAAGCCCUUCUUUUCUCUGGAAACCCAGAAACAGAAAGAAUUCUUAGGGCACUUGCAAGUAUCCUCCUUUCAGGGCACUACAAAAACAGUCCAAAUGACCUGCAGAUUCUUGCUGAUGACGAACACCAUACUUUAAUUGUGCUUCUCACAGAGGACGGAAGAGUGCUUGCUCUGGCGCAGUGCGUUAAAGAAGGAAGUAGAUCUGCCUUGCAUGAAACCCAGAAAAUGUACAACGAAAAGAGGCAGGAAAUGGGCCAUCUCAUUCCAUGGUCACUUUCCCAGUACUUCCUGGACAUGGAGAUAUUCAAGCAGGCAGGCCUGCGCGUGAUCAGAAUGGCAGUGCACCCAGAUGCACAGUCCAUGGGAUACGGCUCACACCUCAUGCAGCAGAUCAUUAGUGCUGCACAGAAGGGGGAAGAGACAGCAGAAAGCGCAGCUGAAAAACAAGCAGUUCUUUUCUCUGCUGUCCGUCUUCCACAGAUGGACUAUGUAGGAGUAUCAUUUGGUGUCACGGAAAGACUUCUUCCUUUCUGGAUGCGUCUGGGGAUGCACGCCGUCUACUUAAAGCACACUCUCUGCAAGACAACAGGAGAGCACUCUUUAAUUAUGAUGCGCGGCCUCAAUGAAACAGCCCAGGCCAAGAUUGAGGCGUAUCGCCGGGAAUUUACUGAAAGAUUCCUUGAGCUGCUCCCUGGGUGCUUUAGCACUGUCUCUGCACUUGUUGCCCUUCAGAUUAUAACCCCUCUGCAGGACUCCAUGAAGACGUUCAAAGAGGCACAAAUUAAGCGCAUGGAGCAAUUCUCACGGUGCAAUUUAGACCUGCGCCUAGUUGCUGACCUUCUCCCACAACUCGCUAAGGAGGUCCUAAAGACACAAGGACAGACAGUCUCCACCACACAGAAAAUCAUCCUCCUUGGGAUGGGGCUGCAGCACAAGUCAAUAGAGACAGUUUCAAAGGAACUAAAACUACAAGCAUCCCAGGUGAAAAUGCUAAUUGCAAAGGCAAUGGCUUCUCUCUCUGGCUCUCUCCAGGAAUAA